AUGUACGACGAAAGAGAUUUUAUAGCAUCCGGUUUCAGAGGCAUUCCAGCUGUUCCUUUGGCAAACUUCUGGAAGGUGGUGCUACUAACAGCCACAGCCGGAAAAGAAGGGCUAAAGAGACCAUUGGACUUUUUGAAUCUUGAAGAAGUCGAGAUAUGGGACAUGAUAACGGAGAUGCCAUUGAAACAUGUGGAAAAGACUUUUGAGAAAGUCAAGCAGGGGCAGCUUGAUACUAUUGCAUUGCAAUACAUAAACGAACAGCAAGACGGAAAGGUGAUUGUUGUAUUGGGGGAGAAAGCUAGAGUGGAGGAGUUUGCUCUGAAUCUGGAUAUCGAUUGCAUCUGGGUCCAUGGCGAUCUCGAAGCUAAGGAAAAGGUGAAGAGGAUACAGAACUUCAAAAACCAGGACACCAAGGCGCUAGUGGGAACAAAGCUGGUUUGCGAGGGCAUUGACAUAGCCGAGGUGCGACUGGUGCUUCUUGUGGGGUACGUGCCGCCAGUGUCGACAUACAUCCAGAUAGCAGGACGUUUGAGAAAGGCGGGGAGGUGCGUGACACUCUGGAACAAACGGUCGUUACACAAAGAUUCCAUGCGUGUGCGGAACUACGCCAAGGCGAUACGCGAAUUCUACGGGUUAGAGGAGGAAGCUGGUGAGGAGACCGCAGGUGGGGAGACCGCAGGUGGGGAGACCCCAGGUGAGGAGAUCGAAGGUGAGCCGGGUCUUGAUGAUGACGAAACUACAGGUGUAAUGGGUCUUGGUGAUGAAGAAACUAGAGGUGAACUGGGUCUUGAUGAUGACGAAACUUCAGAUGGUCUUGGCAUUGCUGAUGUACAGCCUGAAAAUAGACCGCUAAGAGAUAUACACGACAACACAAGUCAAAUAAUGAGUUGUGAAGAUCCGACAACAGGUACAGCGGAUAAUGCUCGUGAGAACAUUUCUUCUCUUGUAUAUCAAGAAACUCUCUCCUCUGCUAGUCCUUCCGCCUCUACCGAUCCCAUCUCGACCAGCGAAAGUAUUCUCUCGCCUGCCCCCUUCGCGAGUACUCCAGACUCCCCUUCACUCCCCCCUCUAUCUAAAAGACAACAAACUGACUCUCCCCUAAAGAUCCGCGUCAAACAACUAUACCAGAAUGUAUCCGAUAUAUUUGCAUUUCUAGACAUCCCCAGGCCCCUUCUCUACGCCAUGUAUGGAACAGACUACAGAUACUUCAACUCGAACAUCUUUCUCGCCAAGAGGAACUGGUGUACCGGAUGUCUCAUGUCAGAGGUUACCUGUAUCUGCUGGGAUAACACUGUGUCCGUUGCGAAGCUGGGCAGUGAUGUCAUGUGCGUUCUGCGAAUGAUAUACGAUGGUGAUCAGUUUGACGGCUGGUACAGGCGGUGUCAGAGUAUAGGAAUCCAGAACCUGAUGGUUGAGUUUGGAGAGCAGAAGGACAUGCUGAGACGUCUAUUCAUGCAGCGCUAUUCGAACUACG